AUUCUGACAAAAACAAAUCAGCUGGCAAGUGGUCGACAAACUGUUAGGCUAGGGGAGGACAUACUUGAUGAUGUCAUAUUCUUUACUGUGACAUUAAUUAUUGUUCAAUUAGGUUACUUUAAUACUAACAGAAAAACAUGAUGACAGAAACUCAUAGUGCGUCAAAUUCUCCAAGUAAAGACCCUUCUGUCACUGUCAUAGAAAAGCAGACACAGAGACGGAUCUUCAAGAUCAUUGUAAUCGGAGACUCCAAUGUUGGAAAAACGUGUCUAACAUACAGAUUCUGCACGGGGAAGUUUCCAGAUAAAACAGAAGCAACUAUUGGGGUGGAUUUUAGAGAAAGAACUGUUGACGUGGACGGUGAACAAAUAAAGUUGCAGCUUUGGGAUACUGCUGGACAAGAGAGAUUCAGAAAAUCCAUGGUGCAGCACUACUACAGAAAUGUUCACGCUGUGGUGUUUGUUUACGAUGUCACGAAAAUGUCUUCCUUUGAGAACAUGCCUGGCUGGAUUGAAGAAUGUGACAGACACAACUUAAACCUAGAAAUUCCUCGCAUUCUAGUUGGAAAUAAGUGUGACAUGACAGACAAGGUUGCAGUAAACACAAACCUGGCCCAGAAAUUUGCUGAUUCUCAUACCAUGCCAUUAUUUGAGACAUCAGCAAAAGAUGAAGAAAAAGCCAACCAUAUUGAUGCUAUAUUUUUGACUCUUGCUCACAAGUUGAAGAACAGCAAGCCAAUGAUGUCUCCAUUUGUUGGUCCAGGUGGUUACCCAAAUAAUGUCCAGGUGGUGACAGUUGGAAAGUCUCCUGAGUCUCGGGGUUUACAGAAAAUGAGUACAGAGGACAAACAAGACCAGUGUUCGUGUUAAAUUUACUGUUCAUGCAUGUUACAAAUGUUAAGGUAUAAGAUCAUUGUAUAUGGAGCCAAGUUCAGUUUAUACAUAAAUACAGAGAAAUUAUCUAGGCUCGACAUGUUGUUUUUUUUCACUCAAUAAUCUUUAAAAUGUUUAAGAAUGAAAUUGUGUUUAGACCUUGAAUAGUCAACAAGUUAAACUUAAUCGAUCCACCUAUCAAAUUUUAGGGUUGUCACAUUUGCAACUAAUAUCACAGCAGCCUUGAUUUUGCCAAUUGUAUAGUAGCUGCCAUCUGUUCUAAAUCUGAAAACUUAAUCAUAUUGAUACUAGGCAGUAUUGUUAUGGUAAAGAAACAUAGAAAACAGUAUUAACAAGGACAUAAGGAAAAUUUUGAAUAUCAAAUUAGAUCCUUGCAUUUCCUGGUACAAAGUCACUCAGGCUUUUUGUUUAUAGGAAUUUUGAUUUUUCAUUUAUGGUUUCACAUAACAGCUGUCAAAAUUGUUCAUAUCUGUCUACUUAGCUAAAAUGAAGUUUUAAUUAAGAUUUAUUGAUUAAUGUUAAAUCUAACAUCUACAAAAUAAUGUAGGUUGGUCCUUAUAUUAGGCAUUGAAUACAUGAUCUAUAUUGUAUGUAUUUUGCAUUUUCAAUUAAACAUGCAUUGUUUUUGCUUAUUGCUUCUAUAUUCUUAAAAAUUUAUUUUCAAUUCCAAUGUAGUGGGGUUUUUGUGUACAUUUUGACAGGAAAUUCAAUUGUGCUUGCAAAAACUUGCAAUAUUGUACUGUAUUACUAAAAAUAUCAUAUUCAUAAUACUGUUAAAGCAGAAACUAUUGUGUGGAUAUAUUUCUUUGAUUUGUAAACUUAAAUAGUUUUGAUUUUCUUGUUUAAAAUAACUGUACUUAAGGAAACAUAAAACCACGUACGUGUUUUGUUGAUGAUUUAAUUUUGUUAAUGUUAAUAUUAUCUAACAAAUAAACAAAUUUAAUGCUCAAUGAAUGAUUAUCAAAUCUGCUUUAACAGUAUUAAAUGUUGAGAUGCACCGGUAAUUGGCAGAUUUGUUUUUAUGUAGUGUAAACCUUUUUUUCCCUUAAUUAGUAAGCUACAUUGUUUGGCAAUAUUGUUCCAUUUUCAAGUUAUAUUAUUAGAUUAGAUGAUAAUUUUGAGGUAUAUGGACUGUUAUGUAAGGUUAAGUAUACUACAUGUAUAUUUAGAAACAUGGUCUUUCUAGACACAUGUUAAAUUGUUGUUCAAUGUUUGUAUUAUUUAUUUUAUUUAAUCAGUCAUUUUCCACAUUGUCUUUCACUUAUUGCUGUAGAGUUUACCAUUACAUAUACACUGUAAGGCGAUUGCAUCUAUUUUGUUUGUGCCAGGAAUCUAGAAAUGGGGGAUGUUAAAGAGAAAAAAAUGUGUGUAGCUUGUUGGAAAAGGUCAAUAUUUAUUUGAAUGGAUACAAGAUCUAAUUGUCUAGAGUUUUUCAUUUGAAGUGCAGUCAAAGUCAUAUGUUAUGAAUGGAGCAGAUUCAAUAGUGCUACACAUGUUUAUUACCCCAGAAUUUUGAUAAAAGUAUUCAGUAAUUUAUUUUUCUUUUAAGAAAAAAAGUUAAAGAUUUUCUGUACAUGGUCAUCAUUUUUUUUUUAAAUGUAGGCAAGCAGCUAGAAUGGCAUAGCUGCUAAGAGAAAGACACAAUGAAUGUAUGAAUGAACACUGAUGAUGAACGCUUUAUAGUAAGUCAUGGCAUCGAUGAAUGGUUUCUGAAUUUUAGUGACAUUGGAAAUCAAUAUUGCAAAGAAUGCAGUCGUAUGGACAUUCAUUCCAUUAAUUGUGCAAUAUAUUCAUUAUAGCCCCGAACGUCCUAUAACUUUGUCUUCUAGAUAAUAAUGACAAUUGUCAGAAUACAAAUUUAACUCUUGUUAUGGAUAGAAAUCUGCAGGUUCUACACGAUUAUAAUUUAGACAAGCAGAAUUAUGUAUGUAUAUUUGAGUAAACAAAGUAAAUCAAAGAAUUCAUUCAAUUUCAUAUUAAAGCUCUGCAAGCUUGCUAAUGUCAUGAACAUGCAACAUUUCUUUAAGACAAUUAUUACCGGUAUUUGUAAUGUAAAUUAAUUAUCCCUUUGCUCUUCUUUACUUAUACAAGAUAAGACUAUGGUGUUAAUGGUACGAACAUUGUAUGUGUUCUUAUUGUCAAACCACUAUUUGUAAGUUUUUAAUAUGUGGGAAAAAAAUUCAUGCUUUUCAUUACAUUCAUACUAAUGACACACUUGUUUAUAUUGAUGGUGGACAAGAUUCCAUACAAAAUAUUAUUUUGUCAUUAAAUACUCCUCAUUUAAUGUUGUGAAUAUUUCAAUUCAAUUAAAGUGGGAUACUUUUAA